AUGGCGGGCUUCCAGACCGAGGACCUCCACCAGAUGCUGGAGAGCCAUCCGUCGUUGGCAGCUUCCAUCGAGGACUACGAACCCAGUAACCGGGACCGCGCGCCGUUCUUUGGUAUUCCCUCAACGCAUUCUGGCUUCCGCUCAGAAGAGUCGGAGCCCGAGUCAGAAUCAGCAGGACCAUGGUCGCCUCCAGCAUGGCGCAAAGCUGGCAGUGGCUGGUAUCGGCACCAGCUUGCACCGAGCAGCAUGUCCGGCUCACGGCAAACGAGUCCGCAAGCCUACGAGAGCUGUGGGGAGGGCGACUUUACUGUCCCGGCGAACAUACCUCUACCUAUGUCACCUCUCAAGCAGACGCCGAGGACGAGCCCGGAAAGAGAUGUCAAGCAAGAGCCGGAGGCGAAGUACCUGCCCAAGAUAGAGGAGCACAUAUCGCCAGAGCUGGGGACGGCCCCCAAUUCGCAUGAUCAUGGCAACAAUUACUUCCGCUUGGCAGUCAACGCAGAGGUAAUGCACCGCACCGAACCCAUCGAAGCCUUCAUAUGCUACCUUCGCGACAUCUCCAACGCCCUCACAAAAUCCCGCGCUUCUACAAUCACAGCCAUAAUAGUCGGCCUGUUAUCGAUAAGCUUCGUGCGCAUGCUCUUGCGGCCACCGACGCCUGGCCCCGUGCCCGAUCUCGUCAAAGUCGCCGGCCUGGCCAAAUCCUUCGAGCCGCUGAUACACUACUCUGAGAAUGGCGUACAGCAGAUCAGCGACCUGCAGGAGACGGGGGUCGCGGUGUGGGAUUUGGGCGAGAGUGUGCGGAGCACGAAUAUGACCUCUGCGCCCAUCAUUGUAAAGGAGUUGGAUGAGCUCAGCGAGAGUCUCAAGACGCUAGCCAUUGAGCUUACACGGUUUUUCGCCAACGUAGACGGGGAUGUUGAUAGUAUACUCAUAGUAAUGGAGUGGGCCAAACGGGAACUCCUCCAAGUCUCCUCCCUCCCCGUUAGCACCUUCACCUCCGCCUUCGACAACCUCCACACCAUCCUCUGCCGAAUCGGCCUUCUGGAAUCCUCCUCGGGGAUGCCGACUACCGUGGGCAAGAUAGUGCGGGAGCUCUUCGGCCAAACCACCCCACAACGAACAAAAGCGACGCUUCAGCGUACGUUCAACGAAUUUCUUGCCGUGCUGGAAGAAAGCAUCAACCAAGAACUCACCUACAGCACCGCACUAUUCAGACUAUUCGAGGGCAUCGACCGGCAGUUCCUGAACCUCCAGAGGAGCGUAGUCCGCGAGACGGACCAGCAAGAGCGCGAGGAAGGCGAGAUGCUCUCCCGGCUCUGGACACGCGUCAUCGGCGCCAACGCCUCCCAGCUCCGCAAGUACGAGAAGAACCGCUCGCUCCUGGCGUCGGUGCGGGCGAAGACGGUGCACAACAAGAGCAUCCUGACGGACCACAACACAAGGCUGCUCCAGCUGAAGUCCAACCUGGAGAUCCUAAGGAAGAAACUGGUAUCUCCGCUAGUGAGAAGCAACGACAGCAGCACGCUGAGCGUGGAAGACCAGAUCAGGGGUCUGGACGGGACGUACGACUACCUCAAGACGGUGAGGGAGACGCAGAAGGGCAGGAUGAUGGAGUUGAUGUACGGCGCGGGUAGCAGGAGGCUGGGAAUAACGAGGGGAGAGGAAGGCUACGCAAUUGACGGCCGCUGA